AUGAUGUUUACUGAGUUAGGUCACUUGAUAACCCAUGAGAGAGAUCACAUUGGAGAAAAACCUUACUUCUGCUCAAUCUGUAGAAAGAGCUUCCCUGAUCCAUCUCAUGUCAAAGUUCAUCAGAGAGUUCCUACUGGAGAGAAACUUCAUCACUGUAGUGUUUGUGGAAAGAGUUUCAAUCGACAUGACAGUUUAGUGUCACACCUGAGAACUCAUACAGGUGAGAAACCUUACAAAUGCUCUUAUUGUGAGCAGACAUUUGCUCUUUCACAGACCCUAAAAGUCCAUGAGAGAAUUCACACCGGAGAGAAACCUUACGUCUGCUCGAUCUGUGGAAAGAGCUUCUCAAGUCCAUCUAAUUUCAGACUUCAUAAGAGAGUUCACACUUGUGAGAAACCUCAUCACUGUAGUGUUUGUGGGGAGCGUUUUAGUCAACCUCAAAAUGUAAUAAAACACCAGAGAAUUCAUACAGGUGAAAAACCUUACAAAUGCUCUCAUUGUGAGAAGACGUUUGCUCGAUCAGAUGGCCUGAAGACCCAUCAGAGAGUUCACACUGGAGAGAAACCUUACCAGUGCUCAAUCUGUGGACAGAAAUUUGGCUAUUCUGGACAUUUUCACGCUCAUCAGAGGAAACAUACUGAAAAACAACCCAGCUAA